UUCUAUGGCUAAUUGUUGCAACUUGCAAACUCAAGUUCUCCAAUUAGGUUCUUACAAACCCUUUCUUGGUUUGGUAAUAUGAUACCAGACUGCGUGUUUGUGAAGCUGGUGAUUGCUUAAUUAGCGUGAUCUUUGUUGGGAAGGGUUGAGUAAGUUUUUAUGUAUGACAAUAUGGGUAGUAAAGAGCUGUCAACUUUUUUCAGAUAACUGGUCACACUAUUUAAUGGGUGUCCUGCUUCACCGGACUUAAUCAAAUUUGCAGGAUCUUCUUGUGUGCUUCUAGGCUUCCCGUAAUUAGCUUUGAAUUUGCAUCUUCGUUCCUAGGAAUUCAUUUAUGAUGUCAAUGAGUUGGUGUUAAGAUGAAUAUGGAACACCUAUAUACUUUCUGAUAUUGACUUUUCAUUUCGAAGAGCUGAUGAAAUUGUGAUUGUUUGCAGUUGUAUAUCUAUAAGUAACAUGGAAGGAAUUAUCAUUAGAAGGGUUAUUCCGUCAGACAAUAGCUGCCUUUUCAAUGCAGUAUGUUAUGGACCAUGACAAACACAAAGCUCGAGAGUUGAGACAGGUCAUUGCUGCAACAGUGGCUAGUGAUCCCCAAAAAUAUUCUGAAGCAUUUCUUGGAAAGGCAAAUGCAGACUAUUGUACGUGGAUUCUUGACCCAGAGAAGUGGGGAGGUGCCAUUGAGCUGUCAAUAUUAGUAGAUUACUAUGGGCGUGAAAUCGCAGCAUAUGAUAUUCAAACCAUGCGAUGUGAUGUGUAUGGUCAGGACAAGGGGUAUUCUGAAAGAGCACUACUGAUUUACGAUGGGCUCCAUUAUGAUGCUUUAGCUAUGACUCCAUUUGAGGAAGCACCAGAGGAAUUUGACCAAACUAUAUUUCCUGUACGGAAGGACAGGUCCGUUGGGCCUGUUGAGGGGCUUGCUGUUAAUCUUGUUAAAGAACAACAAAGAAAGAGGAGUUACACAGACACUGCGAACUUCACUUUGCGCUGUGGGGUGUGCCAAAUCGGAGUCAUUGGCCAGAAGGAGGCUGUGGAGCAUGCACAAGCAACAGGUCACGUAAACUUUCAAGAAUAUCGAUGAUUGAAACUGCGAGGUACACAUUAGCAGAUAUUUGCCCAUUAGAUUCUGUUCGGGCUCCUCUUGAACUAGCCAAAUGAAUUAUUAUGUGGGUCAAUUAAAUAAGUUGGUCAUUGGAUUAUGAAGUAACAAUAAUGUUGUAGAAAUAUUUACUCUUCUUCAAAACACAUCUACAGGUCUAUUAGACUAUUCCUGCAACUCCUCUAUUACUGAGCCAAAUGUUCGCCUGUGUUUUAAUAAUCAAUAAUGAAAUGUUUAUUAUGUUGAUUUUCGAUUAA